GAUGCGCAGCUCACUCGCUGGAGAUUGUCGAUGCGCUCGUGUCAAAAGCCUCUCUCCCUCUCUGUUUUGUAAAACAAUGUUUGGGAGUUGAUCAAAUAUUUUGGUAGUCUACAGCAUAGUCUUAUCUUUUCAGCAAGAGUCAUUGCUUUUCAACCUGUGUUUUCCCUCGAUUGUAUUUGAAAUAUUGCAAAAGGCCUGUUUUGUCUGCGUGCUGUUUUUUCACUGACAGAUUUGCCUCGCGUUCCCGACUGUAGGCUAUUCUUUGUUAUUGGGCUACAAUCCGCAGCGAGGCUAUUUAAAAAAUAAUUCAUUGGUCCUCUGUAGCUAAAUUAUAGGGUUUCUCAUGACGUAUUAGGCUAUUCUGAAUGAUAUAAUUUAUUUCUGAACAGACAGCAGUAAUUCCGUAACUUUAGAAAAUUCCUCCAGAACCCUUCAUGCAGCUAUGAUUCUAUAAGGAAACAAAUGAUGAAGUGCAACUCUGGAGAGAUGAGGGGGCAGGAUAAUUGACGAAGAGGCAACUCGAAUGAACUUUGAUCGCUUUUAUUAUAAUUGUUACAUAGCAAAAAGUGAAAAUUAUUUUUCAUGGCACGAGAGGUACCAGAUUCGGCCAAAUAGGUUCUGUAAAAAAACAGUCCAGAACGGAAAGGUGCCGGAUCCUGUUCUGGCAUGAUCCGGCUCAAAUUAAGCACUGAUUUGAAGUACCUAGGCCUCUACCUGCUGAGUAUAAAGAUUAUUAAACAAGAUUCAGUGGGCUUGUCAUUCACAGUACUGAUGAAAAAUCAAGUAUAUUUGAUCUAAAUGUGGAUAUACGAGGACAUCUAGUGGUCACCGGAUUUUUAAAAAAUCCAUGCAAGCUAUCUUUGCACUAGCAUGCGAUGCCAUAUAUUUGACGCAGGUAUUUAUUAUUCAACAAGGAUAGUCAUUGACCCGGACAAAAUAUAAUUGUAUGAGCUAUGCCUCCUUGUACCGGCGUUGUUGCACCCCUCUACUAUCUGGCUUGGUGGGGCGAUCUCGUUCUGCAUUCCUGCUUCACUUAUAUUCAAUGUGUCAUCAUGCAUUUGUGCAUGCACGCUGUUAACGGUCAUAUCCGUCUUUCUAGCUAACUUAGCUAAAACUGACUAGCGUCGCUAGCAACUAGCUAACAUGGAUAAAGUUUAGUCGUGGGUCCACAAAAUCAAACAAAUGGUACUGAACUGAUGACAAAAUCAUGUUUCGAAAAUGUAGUAGCUAUUUAUGUUGUUUAAUGACAUUGCGAAUAUAAUCAUUUUUGACAUUUAACUACCGGUAUGUAUCUAAUACGGUUUCGGCAUGAGAAAAGUAUUAAUCGCAAAUUCCAGCACUAACGGAUACCGGGAAACAGAAAUAAGACACCCGGUCACGAAUGCGGAGCCACGCCCUAAAAUAACAUGUGACCACAAGGCGUUUGUGACACAUUCUUUGCGUUCCAACUUUGUCUUAAUUGUCUGAAGGUUCUAAAUUGCUUAUGAGCUUGGCUGCCCUUCAGAAAGUAGCUGAUUCUUGUACUUUACAGCUGUAUUUUCCUACAGUUACUAAUAAUACUAGCAACAAAACAGAUUUCAUUCCUUAAAAUUAUAUUGCCAGAUGGAAGAAAAUAAUAAGGUAGGCCUAAACUGUAAUAAGAUAUACCUUAAAGACUGCUUGUGUUUAAUAAGAUGGGGUGUAGGCCUACACUGUCUUCAUCCUCUAAACUCUGGAUGUUUACUAACUUUGGGAAGUUGGAAACACAAGCAUCUUCAUAUAAAAUAGGUUGAAUUUGUACCUUUGAAACCAUGUCAGAUUUUCAACAUUAUAUACACUUUCAGAAAAAAACAAUAGGCUGGGCAGCACCUCAGCCCGGGAUCGAACCCCAUCCAGGGUUUUAACGACACCCAGCCCUGAUUAGCUUUAAUAUGUCACUGACUACUACCAAUAUGCUAUUGUGAGAAUUAUUAUUGAGAGAUCUCUUAAUAACAAAAUAUAUUCCAUGUUAAUAUCAAAGUCAUUCCAAGGGGUAGGUUUGACAAAGCAAAUGAGAGUUAACAGCUAUUGUUUCAAUUCAACCCAGAGUUCAACUAAUAGACAAGGAAUACAGUAUGAAGAAGACAUUAAAGGGCUUCACCAUUCACCGGCGGAGGUCAGACGUGCAGAGAAGAAUGUCUAGCCAUACACCCACAGAGGACUCUGGACAUCUUGUCACUAAGGAGUACCUUAGUUUGGCAAGCCAGAACGUGACGCAAGCUAGUAAGAGUGUGCCUCACUUGCACAGUUUGAACCAGGAAGUGACUCUACACAUGGGUGUCAGCGAGAGUUCAAAACUUCUCUGGACUGAAACAGACGAGGGUCUAAUGAACAAUAGUACCAAACAGGUCAUUUCAACAAUCUUGACCUCAUGUGAGGAUCAGACAUCAAAUGCACCUUGCUUCUCCACAGUAGGAAAGAAAAUAUCUGAUAUGUCCCUUGAGGUCAACAUAUUGGUAGGUGGUGUUCUGUCUCAGCUGAAGGACAUCUCCUUGUCAAGGUCCCCAACACCAUGUGAAGACAUGUUUGAACGUCUCCAAGGUUCUACUGAGCGAACCUCUCCAGUAAGUCUAGAUUGCAGCACGGCUGCCUCCAAAGGCAUUGCAUCUUCCCACAGUCUUUCAACAAAGAGCCUCCAAAAACUUUCUAGUCAUGAGUUCCAAACAAAAGCUGAGAAAGGAGUGAGUGAGGUCCUCUCUAGAUCAUUUAACAUUGUGGAGGAAGGUACAACAGAUAAGUACCUCCAGUCUGUAUCUACAUCCACCACAUCUACUGAUAUUAUACAAACCAUAGUGAAAGAUCUGCAGGAGCUCACCCAGACCACCCAAUCAUCUGACAUGGUAUCUGACACCUCCCUGCUCACCACUGGACAGGUUUCUGAGAAAAGAAUCUGGUCUGUUGCUCGUAACAUCUACUACAGUCUGCAAAGUAAGAUUACGGAGUUUCUCAGAAAAGAUCUUCAAAUGUCAGACACAACAUUUGGUUCAAUCCAAAUAUUUACGUAUCAAAGCAGUCCUGCAUCACAAAGAGCAAGUCUCGGCCAUCUUGAGGUCAACCAGAGCAGUGUUACACCUGGUGGAAACGAUGCCUGUGUAGACAUUCCGCACAAAUUACUACCUAACACCACUAAGCUCUCAGGAUCCAUGCUGGAGGAUAUUGGCACGAUCCGUUGUAGGAGUGCUGACAGCCAAAAUACAAGAAAUACCUCUUCUUCACGCUCCUCCAUCUCUCUAACACCUACUUCAAAAUCAAAGCAGUCAGAAUGGGACUUCACCUUGCCCGGUACUCCCAUCCCCACUGAAUUAUCUGCUCAGAGUGACUUUCCCAUUGUAAGAAACAUGAUCAUUCAGGACUUGUUUCACACAGAGAACUUACUUCCCCCAGCCUUUGUGGACAAAGUCAGACAAGCUGCUGGGGUGGUAGUGGACGGAAUGGUGGAAAGUGUUGAGAACACACAGGAAGAUGGACAGGGUGCUUCUCAUCCUGACAACCUCCGAUCUGCUGUUAGGAAAUUGAGAAAAAUAAUUUCCACUGGGACCAUCCACAUUUUCAGUCAUGAAUUUGUGGAUAAAGUGAUAGCCCUUCAGGACAGCCACAGCACUCCACAGGUCUUAACAUUGGCAGCAGCCAGAAGUGCUUCAGACUCCAUUCUUUCAAGGCUGAAAUGGGGAAAGGAACAAUGUGCCAUAUCCAGGAAGCUCUCCUCUCAGCUUCUCCAGAUAUUUGCUGAAGAGACAGUGAAGGGCUUCCUAAAACAGUGGUUAGAUGAGUAUGAAAAUAUAAACAUUGAUGUUUCAGUCCAGAAUGAACCAAGCACCUCUACUUGCAUGGUCUUUCCUAUCCAGCUCAAUCAGAGCAAGCCAGAGGAUAGUGACACAAUGAAUCAGCUCACGAAGGUCAUGGUCAACAAAAUGAUGGAUGCCUUAUCAGUUGGCUCAAGUCAUCAAAUGAUCACCAAAGCCAAUGCCAAAUGUUCUUUUGAGUCCGGUACCAGCAUGGCCACCAGUGACAUUGUAGAAGGGAUGUUGGAUUUGGUAAAGGAUAGCACCAGCAGUACUGGAGAGCAGAUCCCCAUCUUCAAGUCCAAGAAAAGCAAGAAAACCAUGUUCAGCAAGAUAUGCUUUAACAUAAAGGGUUCCAAGAAAGUUAGAAAGGACCACUGUCCUCAAAAGUCUAUGGAGUACCAGACUCAGAACACUUCCCCUACUGUGUACUUUACAGAGUCGAGGACAACUUCUCAUGGCUCCUUUGCCCCAGAGGGAAAUGACAUCGCAUAUUCCUUCCCACCUGAAGAGAAGAGUCGCAAACCCUCCCUUUUCACCAGAAUGUAUAGAGCCAUCACUAGAAGCUUCUCCAACUCAAGAUAAUUUUCCUCAUUAAAUGAGAUUGCAUUCAUUUGUUGUCAUAUGUUGACUGUUUUGCUAGCACAGACUGUAAUAUGUUCUGCGAUUCAUCCACAUGCAUUGAGGAGUAUACCACCUCAGUCACAGGCUACAUCAAUAAGUGGAUCGACAACGUCGUGCCCACAGUGACCAUAUGUACAUAUCCCCGACAGAAGCCAUGGAUUACAGGCAACAUCCACACCGCGCUAAAGGCUAGAGCUGCUUCUUUCAAGGAGCGGGACACUAAUCCAGACACUUAUAUGAAAUCCUGCUAUGCCCUCAGACUAACCAUCAAACAGGCGAAGUGGUUGGUUAGGUCAGGGUGUGACUAGGGUGGGCAAUCUAGGUGAUCUAUUUCUUUGUUUGGACUGGUAUGGUUCCCAAUCAAAGGCAGCUAUCUAUCGUUGUCUCUGAUUGGGGAUCAUACUUAUGAAAAUGAUGUUUGUUUAUAUUUUGUUGUUCUUUUGGUGUUCAUCUAAUAAAGUAAGAUGUACACUUA